UCGGGUGGUGCGUUCAGGUCCGCUUCACCCUCAGAGGUGAAAAGUGUUUGAAACCGGCACCAUGGAUUAUGUCAGAGCAACAAGCUGUUCAUUAUGAAAAGAAAAAUGUUACAGCAGCGGUCCAGCUUCGGAGAAAAAGAGGAUUAAAGUGAAAAUACCGACGGACGCUUUCUAUUAACCUUGGCUUUUUAUAAUUCUCUGUGGCUAUCAAGUUGGGGGACCUGAUCUUUCUUUUAAUUACUUAAUCUGUCACACCUCUGCUUACUAUUUCUUCAUUUCUUUAGUUAUCCUCUUCUGUUGUACCCUCUCUCUCGUCUCUUCCCUGCUCUCCUUUCUUGCCAUGUCUGUAUCCAUGAGGAACCCACCCCAGCGCCGGCGCUCUCUGGGUCCCGUCUCGCCCAAACGCAUCUACAGAAACCUGUCCGUGAGACUGAGGGGUGGAGAAUCGUCUGUUGCUGCGGAAAUAGACACACCGAAACACCUCAGCAAGUCUGCAGAGGCUUACAAGACCCUGUGGGAAGCAGUGGAAAAUGAGGACACUUUGGCUGUACAAAGCCUGCUGUCCAGAGAACAGACAAGCUGUGGAGGGGGAAGCUUGUGGGAGAGAGGAGAAAAGAAAGAGAAGGACUGGGAGAGAGAGCGGGAGAAAGGGGUGAACAGGGUCAGCGAACAGGGCCUGGUCCCCCUGGACGUGGCUGCCCUUACCCACAACUCCCCUCUGCUCCAUGUGCUGACGAAGGCGGGAGCCAGACACAACCCCGUUUUGUGCCGACCAGCAGAGUGGGCGCUGAAGCUGGAUGCUUUGGUGGCACUGGCAGAUAAACGAGUAGAAGAGAGGAAGACGGAGUUAGUGAGGAAGGCUGGAGCAGGACCUCAGGCACAGGCUGAAGUUCAGAGACACAUCCGCCUCUGGAGACUCAGGCUGCAGCUGUACUGCCGGAUGAGAGAGAACUUCCACAAGACAGAGCUCCCUGGCCCUCCCAUACAUGUAUCCAUCUUGGUAACCAGCACAUCGUCUCUAUUUGUGGUGAUCAAAGAGCCAGAGGGGAACACCACGGGGCUCAUCACCCGCUACAGAGUGGAAUGGAGCACCUCAGCCAGCUUUAAACGCAUCCUUGGCUCAGCGCAAGUUACAGAAACCAAGAACCCCUCCUAUGUUAUCAAGGGACUGACAGCAGGAGUGCAUUACUUUGUAAGAGUGAGUGCCUACAAUGUGAAAGGAUGGGGCCCGCCUCAGUGCUCCACUCCAGUCAGCGCUGCCCCCUCCAGCUGGAGAGAGUGCAUCGGUGUCAAGUCAGAGUUCAGGAACCAUGAGGGCCUAGUGAGGAAGCUGCUGGAAGAUGCCAAAGAGUCACAUUACAGAGGAUAUUGCAUAGAGAGCUCUAAGCCCCAGAGUCCCAGCAAGCGUCUGUCAGUGUCUCGAGGCAUCAAACAACUGUUCCAGUCCGCCACCAAGUUUGUUCGUCUCCUACAGAGGGGCGUGUAUCUGGCAACUGUGUUCUACCACAAGGAAAACAUCCUGGUAACAGCUGAAGAUCAGAUCCCACUGGUGGAGAUCCAGUGCUGCUCCACCUCCAUCACCCACGACUUCAUUUGGUUUGCAAAGCUGUCCUGUGCCUGGCAGCAAGUGCCCUGGCUCCAGCAAGCCCUUUCCUCCGCUCACUCAUCCCCCUCCUCCCUCCUCCAGAACAGACACAACAUUUUAAGAGCUGUUUCCCAGCUGCAGUCUUCUCUGGGAACCGAGGAUCUGGGCCAGGUUUACUACGAACCGCUCAAAGACAGGCAGGGCAAUGUGCUACUAGUGACUCUGAAGGAGUUUCCAAACCCUCCGAGCCCUCCUGACCCGCCGCUUCACUGGAUCCCUCUGACCCGCCUGGAAAAGAACCGCAGCAGAACUCCUCUGCUGCCUGAGCCCACCGCCAUGGACAUGCUGUAUGAGCAGCUCAAGGAGAAGCUGUCCUUCCACAGGCACAGCAUCCAGUGGGCCCAGUCGGGUCUGUAUGUGGGCAUCCUGAAGCUGUGCAGCUCUGUAGAACAGAUCAGGGUUCUGGUGCCUCAGAGACUACCAAAUCUACUGUGCCACACACGGGUCCGACACAACGCCCACGUAUCCAGAGAGGAGUGGGCGUGGCUCCAGAGUCAUGUUUACACAGCAACCAGUGGCAGUGUUCAGAACCUGUUAAGCGGCGAGGAGGACAGCUUGAUGGAGAGCAGCGGUCUGGUGGAAUUCGUCAGGUCUCUGAGAGCGGCGGUAACACAUCUCCUGACAAAGCUCAACAUCCCCCUCUACAGGGCAUAUCAGUAUGGAGUGUACACCCGGGAGCUGCUGCAGUUUGGAGAAAAGCUGUCCAUGCUGCUUCUGCUGCCUCCCAGUGAGGACUUCAGCUCCAGUUACUGGCCUCUGGUUGGGACCAAGGAACCUGGACUCACCAUGCCUCUGCAGAUCUUUGAGCUGGUUCACUUCUGGACGUACGAACGGGACUUCCUCUCCAAGUACUGCCAGGCCUGGGUGAAGCUGGAGCUGGACACUCAUCUGGCCCAGCAGGCUCUGCGGGAGGCGCUAGACACCAAGGAGGUGCAGGAAGCCCGGGAGCGACUCAACCACAUCACCCAGCUCUCCCAUCGUUUGGAUGUGGUUUGGAGGGAUGCCCGCUGGAUUAUGGACUGUCUACAGUGUGUUCGGUCCAAGCAGUGGGUGGGGGCAGUGCCUCUGGGCCUGGUGAUGGGAGGAGACCCACCGCCAUGUCCCGAUGGUGAGGAAGAGGAGGAGAGUCUGACUGCCAGACUGACGUGGCCCCAUCGGAUGCAAGCAAGAGCCAUUACAGAGAGUUUAGUCAGUGUCACUCCCCCAAACGUCGUCACUGCAGAGGUCUCCACUCCAGCGGGACUCGCCGUCGUCCCUGAAGAGGCUGCGCUGGUGUUAAUGGAGGGCGUCGCCAAGGGAGGCUACCCUGUGGACAUCACUCAGUCAACUGCAGACCUGACAAGCAUUGGCCAGUCCGAAUUAGGAUGUGCGAGCGCUUUAAUAGAGUCUGGACUGGAGCCUGCUGCUGUUGCGCAGUUGGAAGCGGGGUACACGGUUCUGGCUGCACAGGAGUCCUACAGCAGGGAGCUGGACUUCCCUUCCAGCAUCACCGAGGUAAUCCGGCCAAUGGAGAUGGCAGAGUUGGUGGACAUCUUGCCGACACUGAGUCUAAUUGAGGAGGAGAAUCCCAGCGGCCCGUCCACUCCGUCUGUAAUGGAUAUGCUGGAGAGUUUUGGACUGGGGAUCGGUGAAAACGACGCUUUCUUUGACUUGGGGAACUCAGAGUUGAUCGGUGAAAGUGGGUGUCUGUUACAGCCCGGUGUGAGCGAGACGCACUGUGAUAAUAUGGCGUUACAAGAACAAGGCAUGACAACCUCUCACGCCACGGUGAGUUCCAAAGAGGAGGACGUGCCUGGUUUGAGCUGGGAUUUUCCUCGACAGGAUACAGAGACUCCGCAGGUUCCCAGUAAAGCAGCAUCUUUUCCAGUGAGAAGCCAAGUGGGGUGGGACAGACCCGACAACAGUUUAUCCUGAUAUCCACUCAAACACUGGCCUGCUUUGAACUUCUGUCAAUUUCAAACAUCAGUAGACGGUAGCAGCACACUUAUUAUAGAAACAAGCUAGACUUCUAUGACAUUGUCCUUGAUUAACCCUCCUGUUGUCCUCAUUUACGGGCACCAAAAGUUAUUGUUUCCUUGUCUGAAAAAAAACUAAAAUUUAGCAAAAAAAAUUCCCCCAGUUUCUGAAAAUUUGCAAAACCUUCAGGAAGAAAAUUCCAAUAAUUCCUCCAAAGUUUUCCUUAAAAGUUUUAUUUUUUAAAAAAAUCCCCCAAAUUUGGCAAGAAAAUUCUUUUUAAAAAAUUAGUAAAAAUCUUCCAAAAAAAUCCUAAAAAUAUCUAGUGAUUACAUAUAUAUCAGUAAAACUUCUAAUAUUUUCUUGAAGAACAUUCACAUAA